AAAUGUCCCUUUGCUGGAGGAUAGCCCAUUCCUCCCGAAGAGCCCUUUCAAGUUCAAGUGUUGCACGCGCUCUUAUUCGUCUUCCGAGGUUAUCCCAUAAAUGCUCAAUGGGGUUCAAAUCUGGAGUUGCUGGCCAGGCUAAACCCUCAAUAUUGUUCUGUUGAAGGAACGUCUGCACUAUGCGGGCGACAUGUGGACGUGCAAUAUCGUGCAUUAGAAUAGAACGAUUUCGUUGAGGAUAAGCAACACACGAGGUUCCAAAAUCUCAUCUACAUAGCGAAUGGCCAACAAAGACCCUCCACGAACAACAACCAAUUCUGUACGGUGCUCCAUUGAAAUCCCAGCCCACACCAU